CUCAUGGGUCGACAUGAGGAACAAAUGCUCAUUAACCGCAGAGACAUCACAGACAAGAGGGAUUCCUGGGACAUGGAGGAGAUCAUCACUCGAAUGUAUGUCAAGCAGCUGCUGCGACACCCUGCCUUCCAGCUGCUGCUGGCCUUGCUGCUAAUAAUCAAUGCCAUUACCAUCGCUAUGCGCACCAACGCCUAUCUUGGUCAGAAACAUUAUGAGUUGUUCUCGACCAUAGAUGACAUUGUGCUGACCAUCCUUAUGUGUGAGGUUCUCCUUGGCUGGCUCAAUGGCUUCUGGAUUUUCUGGAAGGAUGGCUGGAACAUCCUCAACUUCCUAAUUGUCUUGAUCUUGUUUAUGGGGUUCUUCAUCAAACAACUUAGUAUAGUUGCCGUCACCUACCCUCUCAGGGCACUUCGGCUGGUACAUGUGUGCAUGGCAGUGGAGCCCCUGGCCAAGAUCAUCCGGGUCAUCCUGCAGUCCGUGCCGGACUUGGCCAAUGUUAUGGCCCUCAUCCUCUUCUUCAUGCUGGUGUUCUCCGUGUUUGGGGUCACGCUCUUUGGCGCGUUCGUGCCCAAGCAUUUCCAGAACAUGGGGGUUGCCCUGUACACCCUGUUCAUCUGCAUCACCCAGGAUGGAUGGCUGGACAUCUACAGUGACUUCCAGAUGGAGGACAGAGAGUACGCAAUGGAGGUCGGAGGCGCCAUCUACUUUGCCGUCUUCAUCACCAUCGGUGCUUUCAUCGGCCUCAACUUGUUUGUCGUCGUGGUGACCACGAAUCUGGAGCAAAUGAUGAAGACAGGAGAUCAGGGACAACAUCAGAUAAUGUUUAGUGAGAUAGGCGCAGAUGUAGACGACUGGAGUGAUGAUCUGCCGCUGCUGCAUUGUACAGAGGCCCGCAAGGAGACUUCCGGGCCCCACCAGGAACCGCUGGUCGGGGGUCCCCUGUGUAACCUCACGGAAAAGACCUGCGAUAACUUCUGCUUGGUGCUUGAGGCGAUCCAGGAGAACUUGAUGGAGUACAAAGCCAUCCGCGAGGAGCUCAACACGAUUGUGGAGGAGGUGCGUUCCAUCCGUUUCAACCAGGAGCAGGAAAAAGUGGUGUUGAACAGGCACGUCUCCAAAAGCCUGUCCAUCCUGAGCCAAUCCACCACAGAGAUGCGUGAGGUAGCCACCCAUCAAGAUUUGAUCUCUGCGCUGAUCAGCAGGGAAAAGGUUUAUGAGUCUAACACAAAUAUGGUUAGCAAACACAGGAUCAGCCACUGA